AUGUGGGAGAGCACAGAAGACUGUGACCUGCAAGUGGACAAGGCAAGAAUACUGGCCCUUAAUAAAAGCCACGAGCUGUUUCUCUACGAAUACACUAUAGAAGAUGGAAAAUACAACCAGAUUCCGCUGCAUGGUUGUAAGGAAGAUGCACUUAAAAAGUUCCUUGAAGUUAAACAUAUUAGUCUGUCUUCAGUUUGGUCCUCCAAGAUCCUGUCUUUUAAGGACAACACAGGCAUUCUUCUGCUCAAUAACUUUCUUCUUGUGCGGUUUACCUUUCCUGGAGAGCUCUUGUACUCAGAGCAAUGUGACUGCUUUACCCUUGAUGUUCCUCCGCAAGCUUUGGAAAGAAUAACAGAUACACAUUUCUGCAGGGGAGUUCUGUUUCUAUUAGAUAGUUCUGGCUGGAUUUGUAUCCUUUGUGGUAGAGACUAG